UGGAUAGAAUCCUACUACCUAAUUAAAAAGUCAACAGGGGAGAAGCAAAAGGGGGUGUUUCUUAAUCUUUCACAAAAGCACAAUUGAGGUUCACCUUGAAGAAGAAACCCUAAUUUGUUCUUCAGAUUGAAAAAAUGUAUGAGACCCGUGAACAAACUCCACAAAAUCAGAUUUCUGAUGCAUCAUACCCAUAUUUGCCUUCUACAUUCCCAAAUUAUUAUGCUCCUCCUCCACCUCCUCCUCAUCACCAUCCUCAUCCUCAUUUCUUCGAUUCAAAUCCUAACUAUGGGGUUUACCCAUCUAAUUGUACAGUCAUUGCUGCUCAACCCAUCAAUUAUUCGGACUCUAAUGUUGAUUCAUCCAAUUGGGUAGUAAAGGAAUCUGAACCUGUUAAGUAUACUCCUUUGCAGGCUAUCCAACCAUUGAAGAAGGAAGCAAAUGCGUCAACAAGCUAUGAAGUCCCACAGUGGUAUAACUCGACAAAUAGAAAAAUGGUUAAUAAAAUAUGCAAGAAGAAAGGUAAAAGUCUUAAAGUGAACCCAAACAAGCUAUCUGUGAACCAAAACAUACGGUGUGAGCUUUGUAAAAUUGAGUGCUGCGAUGUCCAGAUGUAUGCGAAGCACUUAUCUGGGAAGAAGCAUGCAAAAUCUCUGCAACAACACUAUGGUUCAACAAUACCGUCGACUCCUACGGUUAGUGUUGGUGGACAAGGAAUACCAGGAGCAUCACAUAAUCCCACUGAUUUGGAGGUCAAGAAAAAGAAGCUAUUGGAAAGUGGCGUCGCAAUUCAAUCUAUGAAGACAUGCGCAAUAUGCAAUGUUGCAUGUAAUGGGGAAGUUGUUUUUGCUAAACAUGUAGCUGGGAAGAAGCAUCUUGCUAAGGAACGUGCUAUAAGCACUGCUGGGAAUCCAAUCUCUGUUUCGAUAAAAAGUACCCAAGAUACCACCAAUGCACAGGUAAACCAAACCAAGAAAAGGAAAAACGAGGAACCCGAAAUGCAAUGGUGUGAUGUUUGCAAAAUCAGCUGCACAAGCAUUGAUGGUCUAAAUGCUCAUUUAGUGGGAAAGAAACACCAAAAGAACUUUCAGAAGCUUCAAUCUUCGAACUCCCAAACCGUUAACCCUCCUUCAAACAUCAACGCUGCUACCCCUGCCCCAACCGCUACUCCUUUACCCUCGACUGAUCUGUCGAUAAAAGUUGAAGGAAACACAAUUGCUGCAGAAACAUCUCAACCCGAAACACAACAGACGAAAAAGAAAUCUAAGGUGGCCAAGGAUGUGGAAACCAAGAAACAAAACAUUCUACAAUGUGGGGCGGCUGCAAAUGCUUUGAGGACGUGUACUACAUGCAACGUGGUUUGUAACAGCGAUGUCGUCUUCAAAACUCAUCUUGCUGGUCAAAAACAUGCUGCUAUGAUGAAAAAAACCAAAGCUGAAGAGGAAGCUGCAAGCAAAGGUCUCCAAGUUGUCUACCCUGACACAUGAAUGUAUGUAGGAAAGUGUUUCUUUGUUUUGUUUGGGUGGGUAUCUAUGGAAGGAAGUGUUUCUAUAUUUUUCCUUAUUCCGUUCUCGGAAUCCUCUAAUCUAACAAGAGUAGAAAGCUUGUUUUGGAUUUGUAUCGUAAUAAUUACAAAGGGACCCAUCAGUAGCAAUCAGAACGGCACAAACAUUCUCCAAACAAAUAGUCAUCUCUAUGACUGUUAGUUUUUAAAAGUGACUUUUGACAUUGUGGUAGUGGUGGUGGACUGGUGGUAGCUUGAAUCCAAAAGAUAACUAUUGUAGUUUAUUAUGAAUCAAAAUUAUUACUUUGGAAUUAUUUAAUACUAGAAAUUGUUUUCUUCUGUAUUUUACAUUAGAAAAAUCGUUUUUCAUGCAAAAUUAUUUUUUUAAGAAAAAUGCAACAAUUCAUGAAUAGUUGGAUUUUUAGUUGAUUCCAUGGAAGUCAUGACUCAGACAGUCAGCAUCCAGGCAUUUUUUACUUACUUACUUGUCAGUGUAUUAGACCACCAGUGGUCUUGAGGUGCUCCAUUGCUCAUCGUGU